AUGUCACUGGAAACGUUUCAAGUCAGAAUUGGUGAAGCUGAAGCAAAGACCAAUGAUCUUAAAGCAUCAUUUGAGAAUCUGUGGGGUAUGGUAAAGAUGCCCCAGGAUGCAUCAAGCAGCACUGUUCGUGACACUAGAGGGCUUUCCGGUUUGAUAGCGGUGUGCCUAUCGGGCACAUAA